UAAAUACACAUACGUCGACAUACAUAUACCAGCCAAAUAAUUCAAUUAUCGUAUCUGCUUUUACAAAUGCUACAGCGCGGCUUUUCCUUUGAAGAAUAUUGAGAAUAAAAUCUAUAACAAAACAGAAACGAGGAUAUAAAGCGAAUGACUGAAAUUCGCUUUAAAGACAACCACUGUGUUCAACGAACCUUGACGAGCAUAACCUUCCAACAGCAUUCGUGUUCUGUUACACACAAUUCGAGGUAGAUGUAAUUUCGGUAAAAGCCGAUUUUAUCAAACAUUUUAUCAAGAUAUUUCUAUUUGCUAGAGUAAAAUACCUUGUCAAGGAGAUAUGAAUAUCUCUUUAUCGAAUGAUCACCGCCGGAUAUGUCUAUUUACCCGCCAAAAUUUGAACGCAUCUGAGAACAAGAAAUAAAAGACUUCAUAUUUGAAGUACAAGAUAAUGCGCAUUCGCAUUCGAAUCAUACGAACUUGUAGAGCAAUAUGGCUGUUUCAAUUUUUAAAUUCAAACAUUUGUAUAAUUUAACUUAUGCGAUCAUUGUACUUCAGAUAUUUAAAUAUUCGAAUUUAUAUUGGAUUAAUAACUCAUUUCGUCAUAGUUUUUAGAUGAUACACAUAGGGGAAUUUUGAAAUUAUGGCGGACGAUCCAAAUCGUGACAUUUUACCUGUGAGAGAAGGUUCUUGUGCAGAUUCCUGUCGUAGUAGUAUAGAUCCCAGGGAACGAUACAUUGUGCUUAAACUCGAUCGUUACGAAUUGGAAGAUAGGUAUUUACGAUUGCUCGAUGAAGCAAAUAAUUUAAAGAAAUUGACAAACUGUCAAGAGGAUAAGAUCAAACGGUUGACAACGAAACUGAUGAGAGUAACUGCCAAUUUAAGGCCUUGUACGGUUGCGUUAGACGUCUACGAAGACAAGAAUAGGAUAAUCGCUCUUGAACUUGAAAACUCCAAGCUGAAAGAUAAAAUCUCGGUGCUGAGAAAUCAACUACUGAGUCACACGAUAGCUGGUAGAUCAUCAUCGAGAAGUCGUAAUGCUCAAACAAGACCGUCAUCCGGCCGCAUAACAUGUCGAAGCGAAAACAGCCGCACCAAGAUACCAUGUUGUCAGUGUAUUGAGAAUGGUGACAAUGCGCGACGCAAUCUUGAUAAAAUCGAGGAAUUGGAAGCGCAGAACGAAGAAAUGUCUAAUCGGAUAAUUCAGUUGGAGAAAGAAUUGUCUACUCAUACAGUCGUAAACCAGAGGGAGAAAGUCGCGGAGAACGUCGAGUACAUAAAGGUCUGGCGACAAAUGAAGCAAGUGAACGAUAAAUUAAUAGCUACUGAGAACGAGAACGAGUCGUUGAAUGUGGAAAUCAACGAUCUAAAGAGGAAACUCGAGGAGCAGACGAAGAACAACGGAACAAUUACGACGGAGCUCUUAGCAGAAAGGAAACGAACAGAAGAGGUCGAGGAGCAGAUGUUAAAGGUGAAGGAUUCUCAACUCUCGCUGCGGGAAAAGGAUGAGCAGAUAAAGGACUUGGCAAAUGAGAUGAAGAUACUGCAACAACACAACAACGAACUCAUUGACCUCAGUUCCAAAUAUGGCGAAGUCGAGUUAGAGAACAAGGAGCUGAAGAAGAAAGUCACCGAGCAGCUUCGCGAUCAAGAAACUUUGAAACACGCUUUUAACAUCGAACAGUCUAAUAUCGUGGCGCUGCAAAUAUCAAAUGAACAGUUACUCGGGAAAAUCGAAGAACUGCAGAAGAACAUAGACUCUUUAACGGUACAGUUAACGUUUUUUCAGACACAAACGGAGAAACAGGAAAUGACAAAGAUUACACAAAUAUCGACAAAACAAGCCGACAUGAAGAUACCAAUCACAGUUGACAGACACGAAUCACACAAAGAUAUUCAAAUGGAUAAAUGUAGCAAAUAUUACGAAGCACUUGAAAAGAUUUUUGAACUGGAUAUCGCUAGGAAAGAAGAGAGAUGCAAAAUAUGUUGCAAAUCAGCUACAGACGUUAAAGAUACAACCCAAAUAUCUAUUAAAUUGAUGGAUAAAUCAGUGCAGACAGCACCUACCGUAGGUAUCAAAGAUCAGGAAAUUGUAACAUCUGUCAAAGAAAAAUCGAAAGUGGAAGAAUCGCAGAUUGCAACGGAAAGUACGGAGCCUAUAGAGAACUAUUUGACUCCAGAUAAAAUGUUGAAGCUUCUGGAACGAGCACAGAUAAGCACAUCUACGGACGCAACGAGAUAUAAUCAGAAACAUAUGGCUAUCGGUGUCGACUACAGUGGCGUAACGGAUCAGAAACAGAGCCACAGGCAAGUUGUCUCUCUUGAGAAACUGCUCUUCGGUGAUUGCUAUUGCUUUCACAUUAAAGUUUCUUCUUAUACCUUCGUAAUUAAAACUUUUAUAUUAGCGAUACGUUAUCUUCAGAUAUUAUCCUCCACGAUAUGUUACAGUGGUACAGAGACAUUUAUACAAGGAAUUCAUGAAAGCUCACCUUUUCAACUUGGUGCAACCCAGCAACAGAAAAAACAUAUUGCUUCUCAAUCGAUGGAUCCUAAUACAAUAUUAUCCACAUUGUUUGAUAUUCUUCAAGAGUAUUCUACGGCAUGUGCGACACUUCAUGAAGCCACCACCCUAUAUCGGCCAACUCCAUUCAUAAAACAUCAAUUCGUGAAAGACAUCAAUAAUAAUGAAAUGACAUUAAACCAAGUUGCAACUAGACCAAUUCGACCUGGUUGUAGCACUCGGAAAUAUUGCACAAGCCCUUAUGAUAAACAAGAAAAAUUAAAGAGAAAAUCAUGCCAUAGUAUGAAAAAACGGCUCAUCAAAAUCUCUGAUAACAACAAUUACACUUGUAACAAUUUAAUGAACUGCAAUACAGAUACACACUGUGAUCAAUGUUGCUAUAAUUCUGCGAAAUCACUUACAUGCUACUUUAAUAAUUCAGAAAAGCACGAAAAUUACGAAGCACGGUCAACAAUGAACAAAUAUGGCAUAACCAAUUCGAAGACAUCUUUCAAAAACCAUGUAAUCAGUUCUACAAGCCAGCCCUCUAAGCCAGCAAGAUCUUAUGGCAUAAUGAAGAUUUCUUGUCAGUUGCAGGACGACAAAUCCCGAGAAACGCAUGAGACUCCACAGAUCGAAAAUGAUCCGACUUCCAAUGCCAGUGAAUCAUUACAAGAGUAUAUCAAGCAUCUAGAUAAAUGCAGAGAAGUCGUGAGUGGAAUACCAGUGAAUGAAAUAGUGAAGCACAUGCAAAUUGCAGACUUAACUGGAUGUCAUCUUAUGCACAAAGAAUCUAAAUCCGAAACGAAAAAAGUAGAAUCUUUUUGCAGUGCCGAUUGUCCAAACGAUUGCGCCGAUACUUCGAUUUCUCCUUCUGAUUUGUUUCCAUUAGUGAUCGCAGAUGGUCAGGGUUUAAUGGAACUUCAUAUCGUGUCUUUGCAAAUUUCCACAUCCGCUAAACAAAUUCUUUUCCGAGAGAAGGACAUUAAUAACGUGCAAUUAUUCGUGAGUUGGAACAUUUGGAACCAAGAGACAGCCUACACGCCCGUGCUCAAAUAUCCCAAAUUGAACUACAAUUCGUCGUUCGUCUAUCGCAUUCCAGAUCUAUUUUCCUUCUUCAGUAAUAUUCUCCUCGAGUUCGUGACUUUCCAAGUAAACGUGUUUCGCAACAAGAGUGAUAACUAUGCAGUAGCCAAAGGGAAACUUUGCAUUAAGGAUAUAUUGGACUAUCCGCAAAAUAAACUUCAUUAUAUCACUCCCGUGAAUAGUAUAAUCCCUUGCUCGGUUGGGAUAAAUUUUGGUCAAUUGUCUUUAUGGGUCAGACUAAGCUGUGAUAUCGAGCAAGUAGAUGCAUUCAAGAGAAAACGGGGAAUAAUAUUCUAUAACGUUUCUUAUGCAAUUGAUCGCAUAUUAUAUUUAGGUGAAAAUUCUGUUGACAUCGAUUUGACUGUAACUCAAACUGACGAGACUCCUUUGACCGUGAUAAAAAAGAGCGAAGAGGAGCCUGAAACUUCAUUUUUGCCUUCGAAGCAAUCUGAAGAGGAACAUCUUCGCACAAUUAAAUGGGAUGACGCUCCUGAUAUCAUAGAAUAUAAGGUCCAUGAAAGAGAGAAAAAGCCAAUAGAGGAUUCGGAGAGAGACAGAGAAUCUGAAAUAGAAACACCAAGUAUGAUCGCAUUUAAAGACUUCUUGUCAAACAAUGAUCAAGCAAAAUCGGUCGAGUCGAUAGAUGAAGUAACCAAUGUGAUCUCGGAUAAAAAAUGGCGGGAAUACAAGGAGCGAAACAUCGAUGCAAACGAUGCAUCGUAUGAUUCUAAAGUCUCUGCGAACAACCAAUUGCUCGAGAAGGACACGAUAAUUAUAGAGAUCUUGAAUUUGAUUUUAUUCCCGAAAAGCUCGGUGAUGCAGACUCCAGAAUAUCAGUUAUUUUACAUUGAAUAUUGUUUCCUGGGUUAUUGCGGAGCUGACAUGGAAACAAUUUCAGUGAGGAAACCACGACCACCAAACCAGAAGUUAAUAUACAAUUUUAGAAGAAAGUUUCAAGUAAAUGAAGAAAAGUAUCCGUUGCAAAAUAAUAUCCUACGCGCGAUGCUAGAUGGUCUUGCUAAUCCUAACAUAAAGUUUAUUCUCGUCUGUGAACCGCUUCCUGAGGAGACUGAUAUUAAAGAAUGUUUGGAAAUCGGGUACGCUAAUUUUAAUAUAAGGGACUAUGCAUUAGAGGAUAGUGAACAGAUAAUGUCACUCCCGGUAUAUAAUAUAAGCAAAAAGGAACAGAUUGGUCUGUUGAAGGUCAGCGUAUUAGGUCUCGAUACGAUACGUACCCGACUUCGGAGACGCUAUUCGUCUAUAUAAAAAUAUUCGUUGUUAUGUCAUCUAUAUAUUUUCCAUGUGUAAAAUGUGUAAAAAUGUGAUUACUGUAAAAUGAAGAACUUUGACUAGGAAACUUGCAAAUGUAUAACAUCCUGAUUAAAAAUUAC